AUGAUGAAAUUAACAGAAUCUUUCUAUUACGAAGAAACUCGUGGUUUAUGUGGUCGUAAAAUAUUACGUGAAAUUGGUGAACAAGGUCAAACAAAAAUUCGUCUCUAUGCAUAUGAAAGUUGGCCAAAACCAGCUCUUAUAUCAUAUUGGACAAUAAGAACAGUUUGGUGGUCAAAAACAAAAUGUGAAAUUAUUGAACAACAAGGUCAUCGAACAAGCGUUACUAAAGGUCAUAUGAAAUGCUUGGGUAAUGGUCGUUUACAGAUAACUGGUCAAUUUCAACGACAUACGGAUUGUUUCUUUCGUCUUAUUCUAUCAUCACAAAUAACUGAUGAUGAUUUAUCAGAUGGUUAUAUACUUUCAGGAGAUUUAGAACUUGGUGAUACAAAAGAUUCAAUGCAACAAAGUCAUUUUGCUGUUGUUAAACUUGAACAACAAGAUUCUCAUACAUAUAUAUUAAAUAAUUUUUAUAAAAAAGCACGAAGUUUAUUAUUGUUCGGUUGUGUAUGA